CUUUCGAGUUGCCAUAACAUGCAUGUCGCAACCACGUAGUGUGACGUCUGACGGGGCGGGGAACAGUUCUGUUAGGAAGUUCGGCACAUUUGUUUUUGUUUUAAAAGAUCAAAUAAGUGAGCACUUAAAACAUGAAGAUCAUUACCGUCAUCGGCAGUGGGCUGAUAGGGCGGUCGUGGGCAAUGGUGUUCGCCAGUGGAGGCUACACUGUGAAACUCUACGACAACCAAGCAGGACAGGCAGCCAACGCAAUGACUGAGAUGAAGAAGCAGAUGAUGGAGCUGCAAGAAGUGGGAAUGCUGAGAGGGCAACUGAGUGCAAUGCAGCAGUUGGCCUUGCUCAGCAGUCAUGAGGACCUGCAACAGGCUCUGCAGGGGGCUUUCUUUGUGCAGGAGUGCGUCUUUGAGAAUCUGGAGGUAAAGCAGAACCUGUUCCGGGACAUGGAGCGCCUGGUGGGCGAAGACGUUAUCCUGAGCAGCUCCACUUCCUGUCUGGUGCCCAGCGCUGUCUUCUUGUCGGUCCAGAACAGGAGCCGCUGCCUUGUUUCCCAUCCGGUCAACCCGCCCUACUACGUUAAACUUGUGGAGUUGGUACCUCACCCAGAGACAGCAGUGGCCAUUAUGGAAAAUACAUACGCCCUGAUGACCGAGGUGGGUCAGGUGCCCGUCCGCCUGAAGAAAGAGAUUGACGGCUUCACCCUCAACAGGGUGCAGGCCGCCAUCAUUGCAGAGUGUUGGAGGCUGGUCCAGGACGGCGUCAUCUCUGUCCAGGACAUCGACUUGGUGAUGUCAGAAGGACUGGGAAUGCGCUACGCCUUCAUUGGUCCCAUGGAAACCAUGCACCUCAAUGCACCUGAAGGUCUCGGAGACUACUUGAAGCGUUAUGGUGAAGGCAUCCGAAGGGUUCUGAGGUCCUUUGGGCCUGUCCCGGACUUCUUUGCUGAGGAUGCCAAGAGCGUGAUUAGCGAGAUGUGCGAGCUGGUCCCCAACAAUGAGCGGCAUUUGUCGGCCCGGCGGGAACGGCGAGACCAGCUCCUCAUGGGUCUGGCCCACCUCAAGAAAGACCACUGAAGACAACAGGACUACCUCAACAUAUCACUGGAGAUCAUUUCACUCCUUGCAAUACUUGUUGUUUUUCCCCAAACACAAGCCUCUUACUUACACGACUCCAACAGACAAGUGAACAUAGCUUUGACUUAUAACCACAGUCAGGGUUAUAAGGGCUGUCUGUUUUUUGUGACCGGUCUUCAAAUAAACAUUGUCUGAUCAUUUCA